CCUACAUCCUUUUCAUUCGACUCGUUCCCUUCGUCUGCACCCGCGCUGCUCUCUCGUCGUCAUCUGAACACCAUUGCUCCCAUCGACAAUGCGCUACGACAAUAGCAGAGAUCCCGAUUUGGGACUCUCUUGAAUCUAGAGGGCCGAAGUUUCGCCAUUUCCAAAAUCGCCAUGGAGAAGCCACCAUCACCUCACGAGCCCACGCCCGACGGGGCCCAGGGACACAGUAUCGUGCAGCGGGCCGCUGCUUUGUUCCGCAGCCUUGUCCUCCGCGCCUUUUCCGAGUUCUCUUUCAUCAACUGGCACUACUUCUACUUCAUUAUCACGUGUCUGGUGUCCAGUCUCAUAUUCUGGGGUUCGUCGACCCCGGCAAAAUCCGUGUCCUAUAUCGACAGCCUGUUCUUGUGUGUUUCAGCCAUGACAGAGGCUGGCUUGAACACGGUCAAUCUCUCGGAACUGAACACCUGGCAGCAAAUCAUGCUAUUCCUUCUCAUCAUUAUAGGCUCGGCGAUCUUCGUCUCGUCGUCCAUUCUCCACAUAAGGAAACGAGCCUUUGAAAACAAAUUUGCCGAACUUGCAGAACGACGGAGAGGGCGUCUCCACAGACCUCGAACAUUGACCUUCUCAUUAUCAAGAAGAGAGCAUGUCCAUCACAGCGACCGUGAGGCUGCUGUAGCCUCGGGUGCUGUACGUGGACGCCCGAUGCCGAAUUCUGCCAGGGGAGAUGAGGAGAAAACUUCAUCAAAGUUGCGAGAAUGUCAAGAACCCGCAGGGACUGAGGCCGGUGCUCGGCGGGAUUCAGCAUCAAAUGGAACCGUAACUGGAAGUACUUCCGGUGAUCAAAUUGAUAAUCACAUCAGGUUCAAAAUCCAACAUCCACCCGAUGAACAUCCCGAGACUCGGCCUCGGAAUAUCCGGCACACUACAAGUUUCUUCGAGGGAAGAGGUGUUGGUGCUCGGAGACUCAACAAUCAUCCGCGCAACACCCAGCCCUUUGAAUUCCCCCAUUCAGCGCCAGAAUCAGCCAUUGAGGACGAUCUCCCACCUUCCAGUCCACUCUCAAAUAAGCUUAACAAAUAUCUCGACACACUCCACGGAUAUCUUGGAAGGAACUCACAGUUUCAUCAUCUUAGCGAGAAGGAGAGAAAGAGGUUGGGGGGCAUGGAAUAUGACGCGAUCCGUUUGCUUUCCUGGCUUGUGCCGACCUAUUUUGUGCUGUUCCAGCUGCUCGGGGCCCUCGGUGUCGGUGCCUGGAUCACCGCCAACCGUCCAAAUAUGACACGGGAGAAUGGCCUCAAUCCUUUCUGGACCGGAGCCUUUUUCGCUAUCAGCGCGUUCAACAACAGCGGCAUGGCCCUCUUGGAUGCCAACGCAGUCGCUCUCAACCGGAGUUAUUACUGCCUCCUGACGCUUAGUUUGCUCAUCCUGGCAGGAAAUACCCUAUUUCCGCCUUUCCUGCGAGGCAUUUUGUGGACGUUCAAAAAGCUGAUCCCAGAGGAUUCUCCCUCGCCAGACUGGCAGAGACGGAGACGCACCAUCCAAUUCUGCCUUGACCAUCCGCGAAGAGUUUACACCAACUUGUUCCCGAGCGCGGCAACAUGGUGGUUGGUUGCCUCGGUCGUUGUACUGAAUACUGUCGACUGGGUUGCGUUCGAGUUGCUCAAUAUUGGCAAUCAAGUGGUUGAUUCCCUUCCCACAGGAUUUCGGAUUGUUGCUGGGUUGUUCCAAGCCUUCGCCGUGAGGAGUGGUGGGUUCUAUGUCGUUUCGAUAUCAGGUCUGCGAUCCGGGUUGCUGGUUCUUUACGUUCUCAUGAUGUAUUUGAGCGCCUUUCCGGUCACGAUGACAAUCCGAAAUACGAACGUCUACGAAGAGAGAUCGUUGGGCAUCUUCGCAGAUGAACUCCCCGUGUACCAGGAAAAUGACGGCGCCGCGCGAGAGGACAAGAAGGCAGGGUUCUUGAGUGGUCUCCGGCGCACCAUUACACUGACACAUGGUGGCCCAGCCGCCAACGCCCCUGCCUGGAAUCGGCAGGAUUUCGUCAGACUUCAGUUGCGUUCCCAACUAGGCCAUGACUUAUGGUGGAUAGCAAUCGCCAUUUUCGCCAUCACGGCCAUUGAGACAGGCCAGUUUGAGCGUGACCCUGUCAGUUUCUCAACCUUCAACAUCAUCUUCGAGGUGGUCAGUGGGUAUGGCUGUGUGGGCAUAAGCGUGGGCGUGCCCUGGAACAAUUACAGCUUUUGCGGCGCGUGGCACCUCGCGAGCAAACUGGUGCUGUGCGCAGUCAUGCUUCGAGGGCGCCAUCGCGGCCUUCCGGUCAGCAUCGACCGUGCUGUCCUCCUUCCCGACGAAAGCCUCGCCUGGGCCGAAGAAGAGGAUGCUCACAAGAGGACUUCGAGUUUUUAUUCCGGAUCGGCAAUGCUCUCGAGAGCGCAGACGUCGGCGAUGGCUUCAGGAGACCUCUUACCGCGGCCUAGAUCGGCGAGCUUCGGUGCGCCAGGGCCCAGCGUCCAAACCGACGACAGAGAGCGGACAAUCGAGCAAGUUGCUUGAGUCUUCCGGUGAUCCCUCCAAACUUUCAUCUAUCUAAGCGGUGGCCUUAAUUAAGGCGGAGGAGGAGCUUUCCUCUCGUCUGGGUACGGGGGACUUGUAUGUGUUGAGUCUGUACCCCAGACGUUCAUUUAUAUUCUGUUGUGCGGUUCGAAGAAUCGCCUUUGUUUUACUUUGUUUCGUCUCAUUUUCUAAUUGGCAGCACUUUGAGCAAGCGGUUGAGUUUGGAGCUUUGGAGCACAUACUGUUCGUUGCAGCACAUACUUUCAAGCGACAUAGAGAGACAGGUUGUCCAUAGAAAGGCAGUAGGUUUGGGGAAUCAUCAUAGCAGUGACUCCUGGGAGUAAUUCUAGUUCUUGAUGGGCAGCUGCAUCUGUGCAGAGAGA